AUAUUAUGUAUUCACUAAAUUUGGGCUUUGUGGAACUCUAAAGUCCAGUAGUGGAUAAGGUUCUGAAAUGACCAGUUAGCAGAGUGGGUAAAAACUAGGGACUUCGGAUUUGCUAUGCCUGACCUUUGGCAUAGUGUUUAAUCUUCCUAUUUCUCAGGUUCUUUUCUCCAAAAGAAGGUUCUAAAACUUACACCAUAGGCAAAUCUCUAGAAACUUGAGGCCAGCCUGGUCUACUUAAUCAAGUUUCAGGCCAGCCAAAGCUACAUAAUGACACACUGUCUCAACAAAGUAAAGCAGAAACCCUGCCUCCUGGAGAUAUAAGGUUAACUGAGAACGUCAGUUUAUAGUAGUUCAGUAAAUACUCACGUUAGACAGGCCUGAUGACAUAUGUCUAUGAUCACUGCACCCAAGAGAUGGUAGCAGGACUGGGCAGUCAAGUCAGACUCAGCAACAGUCUGAGUGAGUGAGACCCUAACACAUACAUGCAUGUGUAAAUACAUGAGCACACACACACUGUAAUCCUUGGGUAUUGUCUGUCAUGAGGUAUUGGAGAUUAACUUGAAGAGAGGGUCUAUCUGGAAAAUGGGAAGGUUGGUCCUGAGGAAUGGCCAUCCAUGGAACAGGGAUGAAGGGAAGUUGGGAAAGAUUGGAUCCCAAACCUCCAUGAACCUUAGUCUCGGGGGUGGGCUGUUGACAUGCCCUGCAGGGUUCGAUAAUUUCCCAGGCUGCAGAGAGGUUUAGGCUAGGGUGGGGGGCUGGCGUUUGAUUAUUGGCAUCUUCUGCACCACAGUAGAAGCCUCAGUACUGGAAGCAGUACCAGCAAUCUAAGUGUACCUCCUGUCUGUAUGACAGGUGGGAAGUGAAAAGCUCAAGUCAAGUGUCUUGGCUGGCUAACUUACUGACCCCUAAAAGAGAUAGAGGAUAGAUCAGGCAGGGGUCAAGAGUAAUUGAGAAAGGGCUAAAGAAAGUGUGUGUGUGUGUGUGUGUGUGUGUGUGUGUGUUUUUGAGAUGGGGCGGUGUAAGCAGUCUCUGAGGCCUCAGCCCACGCUUGUACAUGUCUAUGAAAAGAUGUCCAAGACAGAAUCUGAAGAGCCUUAUGUAUGUAUCUCCUGCAGCCUCCUGGAUCAGCCUACACUGGCUUGGAGACCUGUAUCUGGCUGGUAAAAAAAAAGUAAAGACUUUUAUGGCCAAAGCAGGCUGUGACUGGGUCCAGGUUAACCUUGGAGCUGCCUGCAGGCUUUGCCAUUACUACUGUCCCCCAUCUCUUCAUAACUAGUGCCUUCUUGAGCCCUUGGAGAGGGGAGAUGUGAAGAGGUGUGAGAGGCUGUCUCAAAGUCCCAAGAAUUAUACCCUCAGAAUUAUACAUAGAAGUCCUUUGUACUUUAGGGCUGGGUGGGGCUGCGUUUCGAAGCUGAACUGGAGGAGAUAAGCAAUGAAUGGUUUGUGUUUGCAAAUAGACUGACAGCUUCCCAACCCCCUGGGCACCUACUGCUCAAGGAGCAGCCUCUCUGAGUAACUUCAAGUCUCCCUCCCUUAGCGAUCUCUGGGUUGACCUUUUGCUGCUAGCCUAGGUCCACAAAAGCGCCCCUUCGGGCCCCCACGCUGCAGACGUUGCUCUCGCCACCUCCAUCCUUGCCACUCGCGGAGUGAGGGACUGUACGGGCCCUUUAAGAGCAGCAGGACCAGGGAGCAGAAGCUUGAAGAGAACGAACACUGCUGCCCGACUAGCUCUAGAGGACAGGCGCUGGGGACCAGACUACGAAAACCCAGCGGGUUCAUCCAAGCAGGGUCGCAGCGAGAUCUCAACCAUCCAUCCCUCCACAACCGUGUCAUCCUUUCUGACCGGAGCCCUGCCUUCCUCUACUGCCCGCCCUGGCCUAGCCCCGCCCCGGCCCGGGCUACCGGGACAGGGAGCCGGGGCGCCGGUGCCGCAGCCAGAGGCAGGUGAAGAGAGCCGGGAGUGUCCUCCUGCGCCGCAACGCUGAGCAUCUGGGUCGAACAUCCUGGUUGAGCAUCUCUGCUGAGCAUCCUUGCGUCGCGGCGGCCGGAGACGCGUCAAGGUGACCAGGCGAGCUGGGGACAAGAGGGUCGGCCUAGAGGGUCUGGGGUCUGCCGCUGUCUUUGGGGGGACAGUCCGGAGGCGCAUGGCCAUCUAAGCAGGAUGGGGAGGCCGGCGGAGGAGCGGUGCCAGUCCGUGCAGAGAGGGGCUCGGAGCCGUGGUCAGAGCCUCCUCUGGCCCACCCUGCGCCUCCUAGUUUCCCCGACCUCCGAGCGGGUGGCUACCCUCGCCCGGGCCCCCAGGGACCGCCGGCCUGAGGGGCCAGCUGCGUGAUGGCGGAGAAGGCACUGGAGGCUGUGGGCUGUGGACUGGGCCCUGGGGCUGUGGCCAUGGCCGUGGCGCUGGAGGACGGGGCAGAGCCCCCUGUGCUGACCACGCACCUAAAGAAGGUGGAGAACCAUAUCACAGAAGCACAGCGGUUCUCUCACCUGCCCAAGCGCUCUGCUGUGGACAUCGAGUUCGUGGAACUAUCCUAUUCCGUGCGGGAGGGGCCCUGCUGGCGCAAACGGGGUUAUAAGACCCUCCUCAAGUGCCUGUCUGGUAAGUUCUGCCGCCGAGAGCUGAUUGGCAUUAUGGGCCCCUCUGGGGCUGGCAAAUCCACGUUCAUGAACAUCUUGGCAGGGUACAGGGAGUCGGGGAUGAAGGGGCAGAUCCUGGUUAACGGGAGGCCACGCGAUCUGAGGACCUUUCGCAAGAUGUCCUGCUACAUCAUGCAGGAUGACAUGCUUCUGCCUCACCUCACGGUGCUAGAGGCCAUGAUGGUCUCUGCCAACCUGAAGCUGAGUGAGAAGCAAGAGGUGAAGAAGGAACUGGUGACAGAGAUCCUGACAGCCCUGGGACUGAUGUCCUGCUCUCACACAAGGACAGCCCUGCUCUCUGGAGGGCAGAGGAAGCGCCUGGCCAUUGCUCUGGAGCUGGUCAACAACCCGCCUGUCAUGUUCUUUGAUGAGCCUACCAGCGGUCUAGACAGCGCUUCUUGUUUCCAAGUGGUGUCCCUCAUGAAGUCCCUGGCCCAUGGGGGCCGCACCGUCAUCUGCACCAUCCACCAGCCCAGUGCCAAGCUCUUUGAGAUGUUUGACAAGCUCUACAUCCUGAGCCAGGGACAGUGCAUCUUCAAGGGCGUGGUUACCAACCUGAUUCCCUAUUUGAAGGGGCUUGGCUUGCACUGCCCCACCUACCACAACCCCGCUGACUUCAUCAUUGAGGUGGCCUCUGGAGAGUAUGGAGACCUGAACCCCAUGCUGUUCAGGGCUGUGCAGAAUGGCCUUUGCACCAUGGCCGAGAAGAAGAGCAGCCCCGAGAAGAAUGAGGUCCCUGCCCACUGUCCCACUUGCCCUCCGGAACUGGAUCCCAUUGAAAGCCACACGUUUGCCACCAGCACCCUCACCCAGUUCUGCAUCCUCUUCAGGAGGACUUUCUUGUCCAUCCUCAGGGACACGGUCCUGACCCACUUGCGGUUCAUGUCACAUGUGUUGAUCGGCGUCCUCAUUGGUCUCCUCUACCUGCACAUCGGCGAUGAUGCCAGCAAGGUCUUCAACAACACCGGCUUCCUCUUCUUUUCCAUGCUCUUCCUCAUGUUUGCAGCCCUCAUGCCGACUGUGCUCACCUUUCCCCUAGAGAUGGCAGUCUUCAUGAGGGAGCACCUGAACUACUGGUACAGUCUCAAAGCAUAUUACCUGGCCAAGACGAUGGCUGAUGUACCCUUCCAGGUUGUGUGCCCAGUGGUGUACUGCAGCAUUGUGUACUGGAUGACUGGCCAGCCGGCUGAGACCAGCCGCUUCCUGCUCUUCUCAGCCUUGUCCAUAGCUACCGCCUUAGUUGCCCAGUCUUUGGGACUCUUGAUUGGCGCUGCUUCUACCUCCUUGCAGGUGGCCACCUUUGUGGGCCCAGUCACUGCCAUCCCUGUCCUCUUGUUCUCUGGCUUCUUUGUCAGUUUCAAGACCAUCCCCACUUACCUGCAAUGGAGCUCCUACCUUUCCUAUGUCAGGUAUGGCUUUGAGGGUCUGAUCCUGACCAUCUAUGGCAUGGAGAGAGGACAUCUGACCUGCUUAGAGGAUCACUGCCCAUUCCGGGACCCACAGAUCAUCUUGCAUGAGCUGGAUGUGGAGGAGGCCAAGCUCUACAUGGACUUCCUGGUCCUGGGCAUUUUCUUCCUUGCCCUGCGGCUGCUUGCAUACCUUGUGCUUCGGUACCGGGUCAAGUCUGAGAGAUAGAGCCUGGCUCCUACCUCUUCUGGGCAGGACGCCCCCAGUUCCAGCCCUUUGGGACUGUUUUAAACUUGUAGACUUGGGUGUCGGUUGCUGGUGCGGCUGCCCUCCUCUCCCUCAGCUGCUUCACAGGCCGGCUGGCUGGCUGUGGGCCGUGGCUCCCAGCCUCAGCACCAGAGGUAGGGCUCCAGCCCUCCCAUCAAGGCCAGGAGUCUUCCCAAGUUGAAGCAGUUUGUAGCUUCCUCCCUACUGUCUCCAACACCUGCAUGCAAAGACUGCUGGGAGGCUGCCGCCCUCCUCUGCCGAAAGCACCCUCCUCUGUUGAUUACUUGGGAGCUCCAUGUUCUCUAAGCCUUGACUUACAAGCAAGCAAUCAGAUUGACCCCCUCUGGGGUCCCCGCCACACAAGUGUUGGUAAACUGUUAUCAUGUUGGAGUCCCAGGGCUGGGCCCUGAUGGGGUCCCCAGGGAGUCCCAUCACGGACAUUGGAUGGAGUAAGGAGGGACUCUGGAAGCUUCCUCCUCCUCCCCUUUUCUCCCCACACCCACUUUGGCUAAUUUGGACCAUCUGUUGAGACAGAAGCCGGGCUUUCUGUCUGGCCCACCACUCCCAAUCCUGGAGAUUGGAGAGAGCAUGGGAUGUCCCAGCCCCUUCCCUAAGCCUUUGGUCAAGGUAGAUCUCAAUGUCACCUCUGCAAUAAUGUCUGUGUCACUCUCCCAUCUGCCACAGGAACUAGAGAAUGUACUUUAUUCUGGGGAGGAAGGUGAGCCGGGGAAGCCCCCACCCUCCUUCUUUGCUGCUCCUGAGGCUCAGUUCCACAGGCUCCUUUCCUCUCCAGAGUCACAUCACAGGCACACAAAGGCCACCAGGCGAUCUCAGCCCUACACAGGCACCACCCCUUAUGGCUCAGAGGAAGAGUGACCAUGGCAGGGAGCUGAUGGUGGUGGCAGGAGGGCAGUCCCAAUGUCCUCCUGCAGAAUCCCACUUUGGAGGCUAAGAACGAGGCUGGUGUGACCCAGUGUGGCUCCAGGCUCAGCAGGUGUCUAUCUCCCAGUCUUCCCUCCCUCUUGAGCCAGGGGUGGCACUGGCCUCCUGGAGGUCAGAACCCAACAAGCACAAGAAUGGGCAUAGCUGGCUUCAGCCACUGCUCCCCAUGGCCCUCCUUUUGUGCCCCAUGCUGACACUCGCUCUCCUGCCCCUUCUCCAGCUGCCUGCUGCUCACUCAAACUUCUGUUCACAUAUAUUCAUCUUCCAGUCAGCAGCUGGGUCCUGGACAUCAGAGCAGCGGGGCCUGGAUGCCAGGAGGCAGACACAGCUGUGUCUUCUCUUGGUGGGUCCGGGAUCAUCCUAUAGCUGGUUUCUCCUCCUCCAGGACUCUUCCCCAGUCCCUGUGCUCACUCCUCUGUAUCUGCUCCAGGUUAUUCUCAUCACAGAGAGACCAGUUGUAUUUGUGGGAUUUCACCCAUUAUUAAUAAAACCUAUAUUUAUACAGUA